UGUCAGGUAGAGGAAGUGCGGGGGCUUUCGUACCUUGUCACCGGUGGGGGUGGCUACCUUGGUCACCGUCUCAUUAAGACGCUGUUAGCAGCCGGGGCAAGCCAAGUGCGAGCGCUCGACCUGCGCGGCCCGCUGCCCGAAUGGAUGGACGCCCUUCCCACGACCCUCCGUAAGACAUACGAGCAGCGUGUCGAGUUUAUGUUCGCCGAUAUCAGAGAUGCAACGACGGUGCGAAAGGCUGUUGAGGGUGUCGAUGUGGUGUUCCACAUCGCUUCGUUCGGCAUGAGCGGAAGAGAGCAGCUGCAAAGAGAGAAGAUCAUGGCUGUCAACGUUGGCGGCACAAAGAAUCUCAUCGACGCGUGCAUUGAAACGGGUGUGUCCACCAUCGUCUACACCAGCACCACGAAUGUGGUCUUUUCGGGCAACGAACUGCCCAACAAAGACGAAACGCAGCCCUACAUCCCACUUGACCGACACGUCGAUUACUACUCGCGCACCAAGUCCAUCGCUGAACAGACGCUUCUGGCCGCAAGUGGAGCGCCUCUGAAGAAGAAGGCGCGGGACGGGAGGGACAAACUGCUCACGUGCGCCAUUCGCGCUGCUGGUAUCUAUGGCGAGGGAGAGGAGAGGCAUUUGCCACGCAUCGUGGAUCUGAUCAAGAAGGGCAUGUUCUGCUUCACGGUCGGCCGAGCAGACGCCAAGGUCGAGUUCGUAUAUGUGGAGAAUCUGCCGUACUUUAUCUCAGAUUGGGAGCCCAUCAACAACUUCCUCUUCUUUCGCCCUCUGCUCGAGCUCUACGGUUACUCUUACCCCACUCUCCAGCUUCCUGUCGCGCUCAUGUUCUACCUCGCCUUGUGUAUCGAAUUCACCCAUCGGGUGGUGGCGCGAGUCUAUAACUUUCAGCCACUGUUGACACGAGCAGAGGUGUUCAAGGUGGGUGUCACCCACUACUUCGUACCGGACAAGCCCAAAAAGGAUCUCGGGUACCGACCGUUGGUGACGAUGAAGGAGGGGAUGGGCCGAGUGCUCGCCUACUACGCGGAGAAGGACAUCGCCUUCAUCGAUGGCAGCAAGAGGAAGAACCUUCUCGAACAGAUCCAAUCCCUGCUCCCCGUCAUCUUGCUUGUCAUCGUUGCUCUCUAUGUCGCCAAUAAGUUUUUGCUGUGA